AUGGUGAGAACACGAAACCAAAGGAUGGGAAAGUUACCACGAAAGAGAACGAACAAGGGCACCACAAACUACACCGGCACCGGAGAGUCCUCGAACCCGGUAUGUGUCGAAGAAGAAAGUCCCAACAUUGCAACAAAUCCCGUUCCGAUAGCCAGAGUACCGUUCGGCGAACCCCAAGAACAGAGCCACCCACCAGGUAACCCGAAUCUCCCUCUAGCAGAUCAUGAAGAAAUCCCCAUGCCCAUGCCCAUCGCGGCUGAUUUCGGGGACAAUAGAAUUGUUGAUCCGAACGAUUUAGUGGUACAACUCCGGUUUGCCAUAAAUCGUGGCUGGGAACCUGAUCUAGGUUCCUAUGUUAGCUCUGUAGAUGAAGAAAAUCCAAGGGGAACUGAAAAUGAGGGACAAGAGGAGUUUCAACAUCAUGAGGUGAAUCGUCCCCCAAGUCCUACAAAUGGAGAACAAACCCAAAUCGAUGAAACUCCAAAUCCAAUUCCUCGGGUCAACCGAAACCCUAGAAAGAGGAAGGUGACUGACCCGUAUGAAGGGGCCGAUCCCAGAGCCAAAAGGCCGAAUGAUUUCCCAAUACGGGCAGGACCCCCCCACCGACAGCCAAAUAUCCCACCUAAACCCUCAAAAACCAAGAAAUCAAAAAUGACACAAACAGAGGAUGAACAUGACUGGACACCCAAUGAAGAUAAUGAUGGUGAUGAAAGAGUAAGGACCCGAGCCCAAAAGAAGUCCCAGCUACCUACCAAGGAAAAAGAAAAACAAAAGAAGAAACCAACCACCAAAAGGGAUAGACUGUCCAGCAAGGAAAAGGGGAAACAGAAAGUAGGUACUAAGGAAAAGGGGAAACAGAAAGUAGGUACUAAUGCUGACAUGUCAUACCUACCAAAACCCCAUAGUACAACCUUUCUGAGAAAAGAAGCAGUAAGUUUAUGGAAAAGAAUAGUAGAAAGAAAAAUUAUCAGCCAAAAACUGCUUCCCAUAGAUAAGCUAGACAAUCCAGAACAGAUUCAAGAAAUAUUAAUCACAAGUCAACUCCUGGGAACAGUGACCAAUAUAGAACCCUAUGAUGAACAGGUUAUACAGGAGUUCUACUGCAAUAUGACAAAAACCAUCUCUACACCUAGUAGUCCUUUGUAUGGAAAGGUAUAUGUAAGAGGCAGUUUCUAUAACUUCACUCCAGACAUCAUCAACAGAUAUCUAGGAACACCAGAAGCAGAACAAAACAUGGAAAUAAACAGUGAGCAAGUUGCCCAAGAGCUCACAGCUGGAAAUGUCAUUUUUGAAAAGAACAAGAUCAAAGCAGCUUCCCUAACAAGCAAAUAUGCCACCCUCCAGAAAAUAGCUCUAGCAAACUGGAUGCCAUCACUCCACGAAUCCACUGUGAAAUGGACUUUAGCAGAGCUGCUAUACAAGAUAGGGAAAGGAGUUAAACUCAACAUGGGUGUCAUUAUCUACUCACAAAUCACAAACCUAGCUGAAGACACAAAAUCCAACACUUCCUUAAUCUUUCCAAACCUCAUCUUUGGCAUCCUGACAAAACAGAAUCUCAAGACACAUGGCCCAAAAACCAUUGUCAAGAACCUCAACACCACAGUAAAAUUAAGGAAGGGAAGCCAUCAAAAUGACCUAAGAUCCUCAGCCCCAAAGAACAAUCCUCUAGACUCCAAGACACUAAUCAGCUAUUUUGAGGGAAGACUAACAGAAUUGGAGACCUCAGAAAAACAAAUCUUAAGGAAACACAUGGACAUCAAGGAAGAAAGAGCAGAGAUAUCAGAAUGGUUAGAAAUCCUAAAAGCAGCCAAUGAAGAAGAUCAUGAAGAAGAUCAAGAAUCAGAAGAAGAAAGCCAGGAGCUCCCUCAAGAAAAGGAUGAGCACACUCAAGAAAAGGGUGUUGAAACCCCUGUUUCAACAUCAAAUUCAGAAAAUAGACCUUGA